AUGAAGCUUUUCACAUGUUGUAUUUUCUUAUUGGUAAAUAUUAUUUCGGCGAGAGAUUGGCUUGUUGACAAAAUAACCGAUCAGACAACAAUAGGAAAGACUUCAUUAGGCACAUUAUUACUUUCGAAUACUUUGAUUAGUCGAGAAUUUUUACUGGAUCCAGAUUUUGCUACAAUUGAUUUUCGGGAUUUACACGAGACAAAUUCAAGUAUAUUAAGAUGUGUAAAACCUGAAGCUGCUAUUACACUUGAUGGUAUCGAAUAUAAUAUCGGUGGAGUUUUACCGAAUACGCAAUGUGCUUAUUUUAAUCGUACGGAUUUUUGGAAAACAAAAUCUUUAGAUACAAAAGCUUUUCAUUUUUCAACAUAUGAAGUUGGAGUACCUAAAGCUCCAUUUGCAUAUACACCGAAACGAUUUGCUCCAGCUGAUAUAGAAUGGCCACCCAAAGGUAUUCAUUUAAGUGUUUACUUCAAAGCACCCUACUUUGCUCCACUAUCACAUAAAUAUGUCACUGUUGUUGUUAACUAUGAAAUGUAUGAUGGUAUACCGUUGCUUGUAAAAUGGCUUGAUGUUAUCGAUACGAGUGGUCGAGGUGAUAUCGAUCUGUCGUUUGAUUCAAUUGAAAUUCUUGCUGUUAAUCAACCAUGGUCACCAUUUGGUCAUUCAUGGUUAUAUGUUGAAACUAAUCAACCUCCUGGUCACGGUACUAAUGUCAUAUGGGCAUAUGAUGCUGAAGUCAAUACAAUUCCAGGCUCAUUUCCACCAUCAGUUAAUUGUACAUAUCAAACUGAUCAUCGCAUCAUUGUUCCGCUUGUCACAGAACUAUCGUCAUUUCAUGUCCAUGAACUUGUUAUUGGUUCAUCCGAUGAAGAACGUAGUGCGUUAGCGAAACAUCGCCUGAUGCGUUUAUUAGCACCGCAUACACAAGAAAACCCAAUAUUCUUUCAUAUGAUCAAUGGAAGUUCGCCAGCCUUUCGUUCAGCGAUUGAUCAAAUGGCUGAAGUUGGUUUCGAAAUGCUUAUUUAUUCGUUUGGCUCUGGUUUCAACAUGGAAUCUAAUGAUGAAAAAUAUAUUGAACAAAUAUCUAGUGACAUAGCUUAUGCAAAAAGUAAAGGUAUCGAAGUUGGCGGCUAUGAUUUAAUUGCACUAACACGUCAAGUGCAAGUAGAUUGGAUGGCAAUCGAUCCAACUACUGGUAAACCACGUGAUAGUGCAUGUUUUGCAUCCGGUUGGUAUGAUUAUUUAUUAAAUCGUACAUUAGCAUUUAUGGAUCGUACGGGUUUAAUUAUGGUUGAAACUGAUGGUCCCUAUGGUGGCUAUUCAUGUGCAUCAACUGAUCAUGUUCAUCAUCGUAAUAAUGACGAUAGCAUAUAUCAACAAAAUAUUCUUCAAGGAAAAUAUUAUCAAAUACUUCGUGAACGUUCUGUUUAUAUAAAUCAACCAGAUUAUUAUUUUUAUCAAGGUGGCUCAAAAACAGGUAUGGGCUAUAAUGAAGAACAAUAUUCAUUACCACGUUGGAUGGAUAUUAGUGUUUCGAGACAAGGAAUGUUUGAUGAUACAUAUCAACGAAUUCCGACAAUGGGCUGGAUGUUCGUACCAUUAACUGUUUAUCAUGGUGGUGGUGAUGCAGCACAGUUUGAGCCAUUGGUUCAACAUCAAAUUGAAUAUGAAUGGGCUCUAGCUCAAUAUUUAGGUGCGGGCGUUGCUGCUUGCUAUCGAGGCUUUCGUCUCUAUGAUACCAAUGAAACAAAAGCAUUAGUUACAAAAUGGGUUAAUUUUUAUAAAAAAUAUCGUUCGAUAUUAAUUCGUGAUAUUAUUCAUGUUCGUCGAGCUGAUAUGCAAUCCAUUGAUAGUUACAUGCAUAUUGAUCCAUAUUCAAAUGAUAUUAAAGGUCUUGCUAUGGUAUUUAAUCCAACGUCAGAUCCAGUCGAGACAACGUUACCUGUUCCUCUGUAUUAUACCGGUUUAACCGAUACAGCACAAGUAUCCGAACAAGAAAAUACCUGGCAAAGUUAUACAUUAGCUCGAGAUUAUCAUAUUGAUUUACCUAUUAGACUUCCAGCAUUAGGAAUCACAUGGUUUCUUAUUAAGUAA